AGUACUAGAAGAUUCCAACCGCGAUUAGUUGUUACGAUUAUAACAAUUAGUGACUAUCUGCGCGAUUAAUUAAUUAUUAUCAACUCGAUUAGUAUCGCGCUACAUCAGUAUAAAACAAUCGAUGUUAUUUUCAAAUUUCUCGGUCAAACGAUACGAAAGGAAUUUACUGGAAUAGUUUUGUGACGCAUUUAUCCAGGCAGCAACAGAAACCCAAAAUCUAAAGAUGUCUAUAGAACAAUAAGAUGUCUUUAAGUCGUCUUUAAGUUUUUAAGUCAUCUUAAGUCUUUCAGACGUCUUUUAGAUAUCUGUUAGACGUUGUAUAUUUUAGGAACAUGUGCUGUCUGGUGUCGAAUAAAUCGUAGGUAUAUGUAAUUGCUUUCACGUUGUUUUCCCGUGCUAAUACGCAUAAAUGUCGCGUGCGUUUAACAUUGAAAGUGCCGUGUAAAGUGUCGCGUGAUUAUCGUAUUUUACAGCGCGAUCGUAAUUAACAAUGUUUUCGCGAGUGAGUGCCAUGAAGGAAGAGCAAAGACGAUCAAGAAAAGAGAAGGAAGCUGGAACGAGAAAUGGUGGAGCAAUCAUAGAAUUAACUGUUGUGUACUACAACUGCGCUAUUGUGUGCAUCGUACCGAACAACGUCAUUUUUAAUUAUAAUAACACUUGCGGCUACAGUAAAACUUCCAAGUCACCAUCUUAUCGCGGUCACCACGUCAGAGAAAAAAAAAACAGUGCGCCGUUGCAGGGCGAAGCAGGAGACACACGCGGCAUUUGAAACUCGGGGUGCGUUUACCUGCGCCUACGAUCGAGAAAAGAAAAGAGAGAGAGAGAGCAAGGAAGGCACCAUGGCGAUCCCAUUCCUCUUGCCAGGCGAUGACAACGAUGAGAGAACGCGAGCGGAGGAGCAGCUGAUGCUGCAGCUAUACGUAACACUGCACAAUGCCCUCCGGAGCAGGAACGCCCACCAUCCGUCGCGAAAUCAUCGAGCACCCCGUCGACCCGGCGGUCCCGAGGCCCAGCAGCCUCUGGUGAUCUUGCUGCAACCCGGCAGCGCCGAAGAUCUGUCGAAUUUGCCGUUGCCGGAUCUAGUACAGUCGGCCGUAGAUCAACUGCCACCGCCCCAGGUGACAGUUUCCGUCCCCAACAGCCCGAUGAGAGACGCGACCUUCCAGUUUCCCGAGUGCGUCAACGGCAGCGGCGCGCCGCUGCCGAGCCCAAGGCCGCGGCCACGAAGACGCUUCGCCUCUGAGAGCUCCAUCAUGGAGACAGGCUCGAACGAGGUGAGCAACUGCAGCAACGGUAGCACCUGCUGCUGCCUGAUCCUCAACGAGAGGCAAUCGUGGACGAGUGUGGGUGCCAAUCUCAGGAACAUCGCCGGUGACUUCCACGCAUGCAGGACCAAGGAUGCCGAGACCGAGAAGUCGAGGUUGCCGGUGAUCGGUCCGGGUCUGUCCAAUGGUCGCAACAGCAACUCGUCAUCCACUGACAGUCUGCUGUCGCUGCUGAUCCCGACGCCAUUGCGAGAGACCCUCUGGGCAACGGUGGCCCUGUACCUCGGCUGGAGACUCGUCUCUCGCCUGCGAUAGAUGCGCCGAUCUCGCCCAGCUAUCGUUCCCGCGGGACCGAUCGGCGAUCGUGUCAGGGACCGGAACGACGACGGCCUUGUGAGCCGUUAGAACGGACGGACUUCCGCCAGCAAUUCCUUUCCGGAUGUCUUCCGGAAGUCCGGGAAUCCUCGACCGGACUGAUCGUCUUGAGAGGAGAUGGAGUGCAGUCUGCGACGCGUACUGCGGAUCUCACUUUGCGAUCGGACGAUGGAUUAUGGAUCGAGGUAGAAUGUAUCGAGAAGACGAAUAGUCUCUCGUUUGUAUGUUCACUCCGAUAACUCCGAUUGUAUUUUGUAUAUCUGUUUUGUAUCUUGCGCGUCCCUGCCGCACGCGACUACGCAAGAAUGCGCUUGACUUCGAUCGUUUUCUGACGGACUUAGAAGACUCUUCUGACUACUUGGAAGAUAUUAAUAUAAUUGGUCAUGACAAUGAAAGCACCGAUGGUGGAUCCAUAUAUUUCUAAUUUUUGGUUAUAAAUAAUUUGAUUCAUUUCCUAAUGAUAAUAAUAAUUGAUUUAAUAUAGGAUAAUUAAUGAUUAUAACGAUUGACUUGAUAAUUGAUAAUCGAUAAUGAUAAUGAUUAUAAUAAUUGAUAAAUUUGCUAAUUGAUAAUUGUGAUAAUUGAUUAUCGAUUGAUUUGAUGAAUCAGAAUCGCUCUCUAUUAAAUGCGUUUCUCUUCAUUCCUUUUUGGAACGAGUAGAUAAGAUAUUUAAUUAAGAACUGAUUUCUUGAUUAUUUUUUAUCGAUUAAAUCGACAUUUCGCCGCUCGACCUUUACUCGCCCGAUCUAUUUCCAUCUCGCUGCUAUUCGAGUUGCGUACUGUCGAUAAAUUAUGACUGUGAUUGCCAUGAAACGAUGAAGGCGAGAAGUAGCGACGGCGAGGAAUUACGAAGUACAAGCGCAUUCUCGCGCGAUGCAGGAGUCAUUCUCUCGAACGCUGUACGUGCCGAUAGUUCGCCCUGCGAAUCUAUAAGCGGAGGGCGAAAGACAGGAAAGAGGGGGCUGGAGAGUUUUAGGGGAGAUAACUCGGGCGAGAGUAACCGAAUUGCGUAUUACAUCGCGUCAAUCGGAGCCCAAGACGACACGAGGAGGGAGAGGAUAUAGAGGGACGAGCCAAGGACGAGAUCCAAAGAGGAUUAAACCCAAUAAUCAAAUGAUGAUCUCAUUACGGAUAAAUAAAGAGAAUUAAAUAAAGUAGUGUGAUUACACGGGAACGAGAGAGGGCGGACCACAACGUCCCUUAUUCUCCGACGUCUUCUCUUUACGCGUCCGUCCCUCUCUUGGUCUCGCCAAGAUAGAAAGACUACUUCUUCGGUGUGCGGUUUGUAGAUAACUCAGUCUCCGGACCGAUAUCGCUCGACGGGGUCGAAAAUUUGUCCGUGUAUUUUUUCUCUAACGACGCCACGCUACGCGACGACAUUUCGCGAGGUUUGCUCAAUGUUACACUUGAUCUAACGAUACCGCGAACCUAAUCAACGAAUCUAUUCCGUCUGAAUUACAAUCGAUUGACAUUUUCGUUACGAUCGAUCGGCCUUGCUAAAUGUCGGAGCGACGUGGACGAAAUGUAUAUAUACACAAAGAGAUGUCGAGAGAGAGGGAGAGAGAGAGAGAGAUGACGACGUAUUCCAAAAAAAAAAAAGAGAA